CCACUUUGAGUGACGUGAUCAGCUCAUUUUCCUGCCGCCUGUCUGCUGUGCUGCCGCCUGGGGAGGGUACCGAACGGGAUCUCAUUCAGCCUUCCGCCCCGUUACCGGACAGAGGAUCCUACCACCGACGCGAGCCAGAAACGGGAGAUUAUAGUGUCAUUUCCUUUCACGUUUGUGUUAGUUUUUUUCUUUAGCUCAUGGUGCCCAGUGCUCUGUAAAUGAAAACAUCGCACUGCGAGAGCUGCGGACUCAGUUUCACAAACGGUAGCUGCCAAAAAACAGUUUUUUGGGCUUCAAUCAAGCAUGCCGCGGGUAAAACAGCAAGCGCCGAAGCGCGCAGCAGUCUAUUCCCCAGAAGAGACGCCAGAGAAGACAGCAGAUGAAGGAGGGGAUGUGAUGGAGGAUGAGGAGGAUGAACAACAGCAAACAGAGAGCCCAGCCAUGGCUCCACUCCCCGCUUCGGGCCAAGAGAACGACCGGGACACCUGCAUGACUGACCUCUCCUCUACGCACGACGUGGACAGCGAGUCGCUCCUGAGCGAGCCCAGUGACCGCAUGUCCGACGUCGACUCCGUGAAGAACGAGGAAGUGGGCAGCCGAGGAGGCUCCAGUCGCAAGCUCCGGGCAGGGAAUGAAGACUCCACGCCUAGCAUCAGCCCUGGAAGUCUGGAACAGAUGAAAGCCAUCUACAACAGCUUCCUCACCAGUUCCUACUGGCCCGCCCUUGGACUUGGAGUCAAAACGCUCAGCGGCGCUGAAAACCUGCCUUGUACUAACAACAAAAGCGCUAGCAAUAUCACAAGUAGCAGCAGCAGUAGCAGCAGUAGCAACGGUGGCAGCAGCAGUGCCUUCGACUGGCACCAGUCAGCCAUGGCCAAGACUCUGCAGCAGACGCCUCCGAACGCUCUACCUCUGGUCAUGGACCCAGGCCUGCUCAGCACCAUUCACCUCCAGCGCCAGAACAACACCAAGCUCUACGGGUCCAUCUUCACGGGUGCCAGCAAGUUCCGGUGCAAAGGCUGCAGCCUGGCCUACGAAACGCUGGUGGAGCUGACCGUGCACAUGAACGAAACGGGCCACUACCGCGACGACAACCACGGCAAGGACGGCAGCGGCUCCAAGUGCUGGUCCAAACCGCGCAAGCGCUCCCUACUGGAGAUGGAGGGGAAGGAGGAUGCCCAGAAAGUCCUGCGGUGCAUGUACUGCGGCCACUCUUUUGAGUCUCUGCAGGACCUCAGUGUGCACAUGAUCAAGACCAAGCACUACCAGAAGGUGCCCCUGAAGGAGCCCAUGCCCUCCAUUGCUGCCAAGAUGGUUUCCCAGUCUAGAAAAAAGCUUUCAGUGGAGCUGGAUCUUCUCGUUCCCCCAUCUAAAGAAAGGACAUUGAAAGAGACCAGCAGCAGUAGCACCAAGAAACAGAAAGAACCACAAAGCACCAAGAGCCACAAAGAAAAGCUACCCGAUGCUGCUGUUGACGUCACAAACCAUCACCGUGGCAACCAAAACCACAGUGUUGGCAGCAGCGUAUGGCAAUUUGAGAGUCACAAAUCCCAGAUCCUGAAAUGUAUGGAAUGCGGGAGUUCCCAUGAUUCCUUGCAGGAGUUGACUGCCCAUAUGCUCGUCACAGGGCAUUUCAUUAACGUUGGCAACCUUGCCAUGUCCAAAAAAUCCUCUGAAGGCAUGCUGUUGUUGUCAGGACCAUCGUCCCCUUCAGAAGAAAAGGCCCAGUCGAUUCCACUGCCACCCUCCUCACUGUCAUCAUCCUCGCCAGUGUCACUGUCAUCACCUUGCAUGUCCCCAACCCCAGUAGCCACUCAGAUCAAACAAGAGGCAGACUCAGACAGCAAACACACCACCAACCCCCUUCCUCCUUCCUCAGAGAACCCGAAAUCUGAGAAGUCGACCUGUUCCAAGUAUGACUACCUGACGGAGGAGGACCUGAAAGAAAGCAGCCCCAAGGGGGGCUCAGACAUUCUCAAGUCAUUAGAGAAUACGGUUUCGUCCGCCAUUCACAAAGCACAGACGGGGACUCCCAGCUGGGGCGGCGGCUACCCGAGCAUUCACGCUGCCUAUCAGCUGCCCAGCAAUGUCAGUCAAGGCCAGGUUGCUGCUGGCAGGAGCGCCGUCCUCCGGGCUCCAGUCGUCAGCAGAGAGAGCUGCCUCUCCCUUGGCAUGAACCAAGCGAUGACCUCACCUGCCCCCAGUGACUCCCCUCCGUCUCCUGUGAGUCAAUCACUCACUGUAGCUGCGGAACCCAAUAGCAAUGCGUUCUCCCCUGCAGCUUCUCUGCCUGUGUCUCAUCCAGUCAACCUGCAGGCCAUGCAGGAGCUUGUGAAGAGACUGACUGAAAAAAUGGCUAAGGUGGAGAAAGAGAUGAAACCCACGGAAACUGACACAGUGCCAACGAAAAAUGCAAGUUCCCCUCCCCACCGCAGUAGACCUGUGGAGCAAGGAGAUCAGAGCUCUGUCAGAGUUCAGACACCCAAGACCGCUGUGGAAGCUUCUCUCCUGGACCACGCCUCAAACACUAACGCCAACACAAACAGAUGUAGUGUAGCAAAGGAGAAAACAACAGACACGAGAGAUGUACAGAUGACGAAUGCGGUGCGAUCUCCCAGGCCUGCUUUGGAUGCUAGCACUGCCAUUAUUACAAACCACUCAGUGCCAGAGCAGCCCUUUGUCAAUCCACUAAGUGCACUGCAGUCGGUGAUGAAUCUGCACCUUGGCAAAGUGGCCAAGCCUGCCCUGCGGGACACAGACCCCAUGAGCAUGCUCUUCAAGAUGAGCAAUAGCAUGGCUGACAAGGUUGCCGUAGCAACGCCAAUACCCCUCCCUGGCGCGAAGAGCAAGAAGUCAGAAGUGUGCGCUGACGGUUUUCAGGAUGUCGACAAAGACCAACCGAUUGACUUGUCCAAGGGCAAGAGUGAUAGGCCUCUGACUUCUGUGACUUCAUCAUCGGUAACGUCUGCCCAGACACCCAAAACCACCACUUCCACCACAACACCCCCUUGUCUACCUACCCUGAGCUCUACUAGCACACAUACAGAUAAGCCUCUGAUCACAAACGAUGUGUUUCAGGAGAAUGCCUUAGCAGACAUCUCAGAUAUGGUGCGCAACCUGACCCAAGCCCACGGAGGAGUCGUCUCCAAGGCUGCGAAGCACAGCAGCCGUCUAGAGAGGAGCAACGGGGACAGAGCUGUGACGACCACCACCGUGGAGGACGUUGAGGAGGAUGCACCGCACCGGCACCGAAAGGGGCGGCAGUCCAACUGGAACCUGCAACACCUGCUGAUCCUGCAGGCGCAGUUCACCGCCAGCCUGCGCCGCUCGGCCGAGGGCAAAUACGUCCCGCCGGACCUGAGCCUGAAGGAGCGCACCAACAUCUCUCACGUCACAGGCCUCUCCAUGACAACCAUCAGCCACUGGCUGGCCAACGUGAAGUACCAGCUGAGGCGAUCCGGCCGCACCAAGUUCCUGAAGAACCUGGACUCGGGCCAGCCUGCCUUCUUCUGCAGCCAGUGCUCCACACAGAUCCACACACCGGCAGCCUAUGUCGGACACCUGGAGUCCCACCUGGGCUUCAGCCUCAAGGACAUCGGCAAGAUAUCAGGGGACAAGCUGAGGAAGCAGGUGACACGUUCUUCUGACAGAGUGUCCCAAAGUGAAAAACUGCCGACGUCUCAUUUGUCUUCACAGGAAGAGGAAGGGACCACUGGGCUUCUUGGAUGCAAGUUAUGCAAGCAGACAUUCACAAGCAAGCAAGCACUUAGACUGCACAUGAGCAAACUCCAUGAAAGCAGAACAGAGGACAUUCUCAAGAAAGGUCUUGAAAUGGAGACAUAGGUUAUUUACUGUAAUGAAAGGACAUGCCUACAAAGUGGAACCAUAAAAGACAUGUACAAUAAGUAUAGAACUCACUGAAACCUCAUGUCCCAUUUCCAGGCAGACAAUGUAGAACUUUGUGGAUUAGUUCUAUUUUGAUAUCUUACAAUAUAUUUUAAAAAUGAACAUUUCCAAAACAUGUUUUACAUGUAAAUGAAGUAUCUUAAUAUGUAAUCUUAAUUUUGUAAUAAACAAAGAAACUAUAAAUGUCAGUAAGGAAUGAAACUUUGAGCAUUUGGUAAUGAGAGUAAUUUCAAGAACUAUCCCAUAAUGCUCAAACUAUAUGUGUUUUAUUGUUUCUGACAGAAAAAAACACAUAGGGAAAUGUUUUCGGCAGAAGGACUUUUUAACAUAGAGCCAUCUACAUUUCAAAUUGGACAGAAUGAUUUAGACAGUAUGUUCGGUCACAGCAUUUUUUGCGGUCUGAAUUACUGUAGUGUUGGAUCAUUGUCUGUUUUGUACCUACUGAAAUAUUUGGCUCAAAGGCCCUGUUUUAUCAAAUCCCAAUGCUCUCCUUUAAAUUAAUGUAUAUAAAAAAUGUAUUACUGGAUGGAUCCGCGCACUUUUAAGAAACAAUGUUUUUCAUAAGCAUACUAGAAGUGAUAGUUCAUUUUCGCUUAAGGCACCUAUGUUGUUUUUGCACAAUAUUAUUACAAAAUAUUUUGUUAAAAAUCAGAUGUAUUAAUUUGUCUCAUUGCGAUAUUUUUUAACUACAUGAUAAAAAAAACGAUGUGUUUUACUUUGUUAUUUUUUUUGUUUUCGUUCUGUUUUGUUUGUUUGCCUGUUUUUUUGCAAAGCUGGUUGUCAACAUUGUAGAUGAUUGUCAGUUGGUUCUGAAUCAAAGAAAAAAAAAAUCACAGUAAUUACACGGUUUGUGUACACAAUUACCUUUACUAUCUCUCAUGAAUGUUAAGAAUGUUAACGCAUUGUAUGUGUUGUCAAUAUUGCUUUGGUAAUAAUUAAAAAUACAUUUUUUUGUGAA